AUGUAUAUUGAGAAGUUAAAUUUGAACUCUGAAAAUGAGAAGAUCACGAGCUUAGAUUUCCAGGCUCAUGGCGAUAUGAAUAGAUUAGCUAUUUCUAGCUUACACCAAAUAAAAAUAUAUCAUAUUCCUUUAAAGGAUAAAUGUUUAAGGAAUAAUAAAAUAAACAUUGAAUUGUUAUUUGUAAGUAAUGAUCAUAAACUUGUUUAUAUUAAUACGAUACGUUGGAGUUUCAAUGGUCUCUUUUUGGCUAGCUGCGAUAGUGGAGGUACAUUAGUAUGUUAUGAGUUGGAUUUGAAUAAAAAAAAAAUUAUGGAUGAAAUAAAAAAAAAUAAUGAAAAUAAUGAAAAUAAUGAAAAUAAUAAUAACAAUAAUAAUAACAACAAUAAUAAUAAUAACAACAAUAAUAAUAAUAACAACAAUAAUAAUAAUAAUAAUAAUAAUAAUAAUGUUAAUAUGAUUAGUACCUAUUCAUCCAUAGGAAAUAAAGAAGAAUGGAAAAUGACAAAAUGUGUAAAGAUACCAGAAAAUGGAGAAAUCUUUGAUUUGUCAUGGUCUAGAGAUAAUGAACAUGUUGUGUGUGGUAUAUCGAAAGGUGUUGUUUAUAUAUUUAAUUUGAGAAGAUCCAUUAUUGUACACAAAUUAUUUGUUAAUGGUACUACCGAAAAUAUUAAAGGUGUAUGCUUUCAUCCUAGUAAUAAUUUAAUCAUAGCACAGAGUAGUGAUAAUAUUACAUGUUUAUGGAAAAAAAUUAAUAUAUCUGGAGAUAGCAAAAAUUAUUGUGGUAAUUUUUAUGAGAAAAAUAUAAAAACGAAUAUAAAUGAGGAUUUUAUAAUAAAUGGAAUGAAUAAUAUGAAUAAUAAUAUGUCUCAUUAUACAUAUGACAAAAAAAGAAGUAUACAACAUAAUGAUUUUGUAACUUCUACACAACCAUUAACAAGAGAAUAUUUUCAUUAUAUAUAUGAAGAAAAUAUGAAUAAAAAAUAUAAAAAUAUAGAUACUCCUACUAUUCGUCAUAUUUACUUUGAUACAUUUGGUAAAUAUGCUAGCAUCACUCAUAUUCCUAAUAAUGGGCGAAAUUGUGGAAUCUUAUUAAAAAUUAAAAAUAACGAAAAAAUUAAUAGAAAUAGAAUAUUUCUGGAUGGACAUGGAAGUUGUAUACGACUAGCCAAAAUAGGACAGAAGGUAUUUAUCGAUGUUCAAAAAAAAAAAUUAUACAGUUUGUAUUGUCAAUGUAGUGAUAACGGGGUUAUAUCGUUCUGGAAAAUCUUUCUGAAGAGAUUGAAGAGAAAAUCGUCAUCUUAUAUGAAAGAUAUUAAUAAUAUGAACAGUGUAAACACCGUGAAUUUUAAGAACAGUGCAAACACCGUGAAUUUUAAGAACAGUGCAAACACCAUGAAUAUUAAGAACAGUGCAAACACCAUGAAUAUUAAGAACAGUGUGAUUUGUUUAAAUGAGGACAAAAAAAAUUUUAAUAAAUAUUCAGUGGAAAAAAAAAAAUCGAUAUUAAAAAGAAAAAAGAAAAUGAAUAAAUAUGCACGUUGUUUUUUAAUUAUUCAGAAUCUUUUAGAAGAGCAGACAUGUGCUGUGGAUUUAAGUUGGUCAGAAAAAUAUGAUCAAUUAGUUAUUGGAGCAUCUAAUGGAUCUGUAUAUAUAAUACAAUUAGACGUUUUUAAAUUACGAUUAAAACCAUUUUAUUAUAAUAUUAAAAUAGAUAUAAGUAAUAUAGGUCCGGAUUAUGAUAUGAUCGAAAAAGAAAUAGAAUUCAAGGUUGUAAAACCAAAACAAAUAAAAGAUAAUUAUCAGCAUGUAGAUAAAAAAGUUAAGAAUAGAAUAACACCCAAAAUUAAAUAUUUAUAUGAUGAAUAUGGUAAUAUAAUUGAACAUAACAACAGCAACAACAACAACAACAACAACAAUAAUAAUAAUAAUAAUAAUAAAUAUAAUAUUAAACAUAAUAAUAAUAAUAAUAAUAAAACACCAGAUGUUAUCCACAUUUUAAAUUGUUCUGUUUAUUCAUUUUGUAAACAAUUAACAGCAACAGAUUCUCUCUCCAAAUUAUUAGAUGAGAGAAAACAAUAUUCAUACAAAAGUAAUUAUAAGAACAGAUGUAACUUUUAUGAUAACCCAUGGUGUCAUAUAAAAUUUUCAUCUAUUGUAAAUAUAUUACUCUAUAUAUUUAUGAAAGUUAUAAAAAGAUUUAUAAAAUCUUUUGUAAUUCUUAUUUAUUCUGAUGUAUAUACAGUGUUCCAUAAGACUUUACCCAUAUUAACUUCUACGGACAUUAUUUCUCAGGGUAAUAGUAAUAACGUAUGUCGUGUUCAUAAGUACGAGGUAUCUCAUAAGUACGAGGUAUCUCAUAAGUACGAGGUAUCUCAUAAGGACGAGGUAUCUCAUAAGUACGAGGUAUCUCAUAAGGACGAGGUAUCUCAUAAGUACGAGGUAUCUCAUAAGUACGAGGUAUCUCAUAAGUACGAGGUAUCUCAUAAGUACGAGGCAUCUCAUAAGGACGAGGCAUCUCAUAAGGACGAGGCAUCUCAUAAGGACGAGGUAUCUCAUAAGUACGAGGCAUCUCAUAAGGACGAGGCAUCUCGUAACGACUCCCCAAACGAUUCUAGGGAUUCACACAAUAGAAAUAAUGAUAAUAAUGAUAAUAAUAAUAAUAAUAAUAAAAACAACAACAACAAUAAUAAUAAUAAUAAUAAUAAUAAUAAUAAUAAUAAUAAUAAUAAUAAUAAAAAUAAUAGUAACACCGGUGGAGGUGGGAACAACAACAAUAAUAACAAUAAUAAUAAUAAUAAUAAUAAUAAUAAUAAUAACAAUAAUAAUAACAAUAAUAAUAAUAAUAAUAAUAACAAUAAUGAUGAUGAUAAAAAAAAAAAAAAGAAAAAUGCUAUAUUUAAAGGGGAAAAAAGAAAUAGCCUUAGUAACGAUAAUAGUUUAGAUGAUGACCCUAACACAGAAAAAAAAACAAAAUCGGUGAAAAGUAAAAAAAUAAGUAAACCGAUCAUUUCAAAUGUUACGAAUAUAAUAAAUAGUAAUAUGAACAAAAGUACCAUAAACAGUAACAACUUCAGCAGCAACAAUAAUAAUGAUAAUAAUAAUAAUAAUAAUAAUAAUAAUAAUAAUUGUAGUAAUAGUAAAAUUUUUAAGGAUGCAAAAACAAAUAAAAACUCGAAGAAAAAAACAGAAACAAAUAAUGAAUUGUAUACUUUAAAAAAUAGGAACGACAUGUCAAAUGAUGAAAUGCUUACAGGGGAUAGUAUAAAAAAUGUUGUGCAAGCAAGUAUUGAAAACAAAAAAAUUCCUAGUAAUAAUAACACUCCAGGUAACAACAAUAAUUUGGGUAACAACAAUAAUUUGGGUAACACCAAUAAUUUGGGUAACAUCAAUAAUUUGGGAAACACCAAUAAUUUGGGUAACAACAAUAAUUUGAGUAACAACAAUAAUUUGGGUAACAACAAUAAUUUGGGUAACAACAAUAAUUUGGGUAACAACAAUAAUAUGAAUAACCUCAAUAAUGAUCUUAAAGAUGAUGAUUAUUAUUUUGAGAGUUUUACAAAUUAUUUAAGGGAAUAUGAUACGUUAGAUUCAACCAAUAAUCAAGUUAAUUUAAGAAUUCUAGACAUAAUAAGAAAUAAUUAUAAUAAGGAAAAUAAUAAAGAUAUGUAUGAAUCUACCAUUCCAAUAGUUACACAACCCUUUUGUAAUUAUGAUGAUAUUAAUAAAAAGAAUAAUCAUGGAUUUGCCUUAUUUAAUAUUGAGAAGACAUUCAAUGUAACUAAAGUUGUUGAUUUGAGUAAAGAUAAAGGUGGAGAGAAAAAAAAAGUAAAUAAAAAGACAGAUUCAAGUGAAAAAAGGGAUAAACCAAAGGAUACCAAUUACAAAAAAAGGGAUAGUAAAUCAAAGGAUUCAGUAGACAAAAAAAAAGGUGAGAGUAAACAAAAAGAUAAUAAUGAAAAAAAAAGAGAUAGUAAAGGCAGUCCUACAAAUGAUAAAAAGAGGGAUAAUAAAACUAAUGGAAUCCACGAUAAAAGGAAGGAUACAAAAAGGGAUAUGAAAAAUGUAAAUAAAGAAAUGGACAUCGAACAGAAUAAAGAAAUGGACAUCGAACAGAAUAAAGAAAUGGACAUCGAACAGAAUAAAGAAAUGGACAUCGAACAGAAUAAAGAAAUGGACAAUGAACGGAAUAAAGAAAUGGACAAUGAACAGAAUAAAGACAUGGACAAUGAACGGAAUAAAGAAAUGGACAAUGAACAGAAUAAAGACAUGGACAAUGAACGGAAUAAAGAAAUGGACAACGAACAAAUUAAUGAAGAAAUAAAAAGUCCAUCCAAAAAUAAAUGUACUUUUGAAAAUAUAAAUGAUCCUAACGAUUUAACAAAAACUUUAAAUAAAACAUCUAUUAUAGAUUCUAAUUCUUCUGUAAGAAAAGAUAAAAAUAAAUCCAUAAAUAUAAAUUCUAAUACGUAUUGUAAUGUCGAGUGUGGUAUGGAAUCUAAUGUAUAUUCAAAUGCAGAAUCUGUCGUACAUUCUAAUAUAGAAUCUAUUACGUAUUCUAAUGCAGAAUCUAAUGUACAGUCAGAUGUGGAUAAAGGAACAUCUACAAAAAAUGAAAAAAAGGAAGAGAAAAAUAAAAAGAAAAUCACAACAACAACAACAAAAAAAAAAAAUAAUAAUGAUGAUAAUUCAGAUAUGGAAUGGGAAAAUUUCAAUCCACAAUUUACAAUAUUCAAUACUUUUGAACCUAAUGAAGAUAUGUUUCUUUCUAAAGAAAAACAUGAUACUUCAAAUGAUGGAGAAAAAACGGGUUCUAAUAAUAUGCAAAAAAAACAAUCCAAAAGAAAAAGUCUAGAUAAUACAAAUGAUAAUAAGAAACAUAAUAAUAAAAAUAACAUUAAUAAUAAUAAGAAAAAGAAUGAUGCUUUUUUUUUAUCAAAUGAAAUUCAUAAUAAUAAAAACAAAAAUAAAAAUAUGAAUCAUACAUCCAUUUUACAGUCGAAUGAUGAAAAUAACGACAUGCUUAAUAAAAAUGAUCAUAUAGAUUUGUUACAUAUGGAAAGUCAAACAUAUGAUAACAUGCGUUCCUCUGACAAGAAAUAUGGAGACAAAAACGUUUAUAUGAAGAAAAAGGAAACUGAUGAAUUUGAGCAGGAAGAAGAACAUGUCGGUGAUAAAAAUUAUAGAGGUAGUAAAUACAAUAGAGCAAAUGAAAAAUAUGGAGAUGAUAAAAAAUUAAAAAAUGAUGAACAACAUGUUGAUGCUCAUUAUAUGCCUUAUGAGCAUAACGUUGAAAAUAACAAAAUGAAAAAUCAAAAGAAAAGAAUGUUUUCCAACGAAGAAAAUAUGAAUAGAUUCGUAAAACAAGAAGACGGAUAUUCUAAAAAAUGGAAACAUGAUUCUGUGAAUACAUAUUCUUAUGAUAAAGGAGAACAUUAUGAUAUAAAUUACAGCAGAAAGGAAGUGCUUGGAAAUCAAUGUAUAGAAAAUAAUGAUGACUUUAUGGAGAAUUUUAAAGAAUCAAGAAAUGUUUAUAAUAUAGAACCAAACAAAAAUGAUGAUACAUAUGAAAGGAGAAGUAUGGUUAGACAAAGAUAUAUGGAGAAUGAAAAGGCACAGGUACAUGAUAUAUAUAAAAAAUAUUAUGAACAAGAAGAAAAUAAUGAAGAGGAACAUGAUUUGAAUCAAUAUGAUCAUCCAUAUAAUAUGAAAAAAAGAAAAUAUGUUUCAAAUUUUUAUAAAAAUGAUGAGGUUAUGUUACAUGAUAAUAUAAUACAACAGGAUAAUAUGUAUAAUGAUACUUUACAAAAUAAUAAGAAUUAUAUAAUGCAAAGUCGUUCUAAUUAUAAUGUUGAAAUGUUUAAUAAAAAUAAUAGGUUAGAGGAUUGUGAAGAAAUGCGUGAUAUAAAGAAACAUAAGAAGAAUGACAUGAAAAAAAAUAAAAAUAAUAAAAAUAAUAAAAAUAAUAAUAAUAAUAAUAAUAAAGAAAAAGAUGAUAAUUAUAAUAUAAAAAAUACGAAUGAAAAGAUGAUAAAAAAUGAAAAAGAUAAUUGUAAUAAUAUAGAAAAUGUACAUUAUAAAAAAAUUAUGGAUAAAAUAUUCAUUUUAGACAAUAGAUAUGAAAAUUGUCGUAUAUGUUGUUUACAUGAAAAUGCUUUAAUAAAAAAAAAAAAAAAAGAAAAAGGAAAAAUAUCCCAAAAUAACCAUAUAUAUAAUGAGUAUAAUAUAUUAUGGCAAGAUGAGUUAUUAGGACGAAUGAUUAAUUAUAUCUUUGACAAUUAUUAUAUAUAUAUAAUAACAAAUAAUAAUACAUGUCAUACAUCAUUAUUAAGUAUAUAUAAUUUAGAGAGCAAAUUAUUAUUAGAUAAUUUUGUGAUACCUUUAGAAAAUGUGUGUGGAAUAAAUAUAAUAAAAACAUUUUAUCUAGAUAAUAGUAAUAUGUAUAUAUUUUUUUAUAUAUAUAAUAUAAAUGGUUUAUAUUAUAUAUAUCAAUUUUAUAAUUAUAGUAUUAUAACAUUAUUAUAUUCUUUUAGUAUAUCGGAAUUAAAUACAAGUGUUGAAUGUAUAAAUAUGAGUAUUAUUGAAAAGUUAGAAAAUAAUAUAUCUAUAGGAAAGAAGCAAAAAUUAUAUUUAAGAAAUUAUAAGAAUCAAUUUUUAGUUCCAAAAAAAACACAAAUAAAAACCAAAUUAGAAAACGAUAAAAUUGGAAGUAAUAUAAAGAAAAACAAUCAUAUUAGUUUUAUAGAUGAUAAGAAAAAAAAAAAAAAAAAAAAAAAUGAUGUAAUAAAAAAUAAACCAAAUAUUAAAGAAAUUAAAAAAUUAAUAAAAUAUAUAACAUUUUAUAAUAAUCAAAAUGAAAAUCAUAUAUUAUUGAAUAAUAUGAAUGCAAAUUCAUUUAAUGAUUAUAAUAACUUGGGAUUAAAUCAAAUUACACUUUUAAAUAAAAAAAAAAAAAAAAAAAAUACAAAUGGUAAUAAUAAUAACAGUAAUAAUAAUAAGUGUAGUCGUCGCAAACGUUAUAACAUUAAAAAAGAUAUAAAUAAAAAAAAUAUAUUUAAUGAUAAUAAUUAUAGUCCUUCCAAUUCAUUAUUAAAAACUAAAAUGAAAAAGAAAAUAUAUAAUAAAAAAUAUACACAAUUAAAAUCCCACUCACCUUUAUUUGGUACUAAGAAUUAUAUAAAUAUAACAAAUUCUUUAAGACCAUCAUGUUGUAAUGAUAAGAAUCAAUUUCAUAUAUUAAGACGUAUGCCAAUAUCAAAAAGUGGUGAUGAUGUAAAUUUGAUUAAUAAUGAAAAACGAAACAAAAAAAUGAAAACAAAAAAUGUAGCAUUAGGAAAAAAGAGUUAUAUAAAUGAAUUUUUUAAUAAAAAUAUACAUGGAUAUGAUUUAAUAUAUGAUUUUAUAUAUAGGAAAAAAUCCUUUUUUUAUAGUUACAUGUGUAUAUAUAUUUUUUUAAAAAAUGGACAUAUAUACUUAAUAAGAAGAAAUCUAAUGACAAAAGAUAAGGAUGAACGUUUUAUUGAAUUUAAUGAACAUAUAUCUCAGAAUAAUGGUAUAACCCUUAUAUCACGUCUGGAUAAUAUUUAUUAUGACAAGUCUUUAUAUUGCGAUAUUGAUUUGCGACAUGGAAAAGACGACACCGAAGAAGAUUACCUUGGUAAUAAUAUAUGUGGUAAUAAUAUAUGUGGUAAUAAUAUAUGUGGUAAUAAUAUAUGUGGUAAUAAUAUAUGUGGUGAUAAUACAUGUGAUGAUAAUAUUUAUCAGCAAUACCAUUCCGAUAUAGAAGAACAUACAUAUUCAUAUGAUGAUCCUCAUGAUGAUAAACAUAAUGAGAGACGAAGGACGUUAAGGUGGAGAGGUUACAAAGAUGCAAAAUUAAAUUCUCCUUUUGUGGAUGAUUUAUUUUAUGAGAAACAAAAGUUGAAUAAAGAAUGUAAUCAGUUGAUAUUUAGCAGACAUUUAGAUAAGCAACAUUAUUUAUAUCGUCAAAAUAUUCAUUUAUUUGACAAUUUACAAGAAAUACAAAAAAGAGGGAUGAGAAAUGUUUUUACUUAUGGAAACUUUUUUAACAUAUAUAAUUUCGAUUUGAAAAAAUUAUUAUUAUCUGAAAGAAAAAUAAAAAAAACUAAAAAUAAGAAAGAAGAUUAUUUUCAAGAUUAUCUUCAAGAUUAUCUUCAACGUGAACAUACAGAUGAAUUAAACAAAGAUAACAAGAAUAGCCUUGAACUACUAGAAGGUAAUGAACAUAACAUGAACUAUAAAAUAAAUAAAGAAAACGUAGAUAGUGUACAAAUUAUCGAUGAUACAGAACAUUUUAAUAAUGUCGAAGAAAAGGAAAAAGAAAAAAAUAAAGGUUCCUAUUUUAUGAAGAAUUAUAAUGUUUCAAAAAAAUUAAAUAAUGAAACACUUAAGGAAGAUGAUAAUAUAUAUAAUAUACAUUUAGAAGAUCAUAAUAAAAUAGAAGAUAUAUAUAAUCAGAUUUCAUAUAAUGAAUAUGAACCAAAUAAUCUAAAACCAUCACGCAUACGUCCUAAAUUAAUAAGAACAAAUUCGUUACCAGCAACAUUGUCUUCAUCCUUUUUAACAGGAACACAAUCCAACUCUUUAAUAAAUCAAAAUGAUCACAAGGAUUUUUUUAGUUCAUCAUAUUCAUCAUCAAACGAUAUUACAUCUGAUAUAUUAACAGCACCAUCUUGUAAUUUGGAAUCUGAUGAGGAAUCUGAUGAGGAAUCUGAAGAGUUCCAUGAUAUAACAUCAUCGAAUUUUUUAUCUGACACAUCUGUUGAUAUGUCACAAGAUAUAUCCCCUGACAUGCCACAUCCUAUUCCUCCUCGCGUUUGUAAGAACUCUACCUUAGGAAUCCAAGUGAAGAAGGAAAAAAACAAAAGUGAAGAAAGAGAUGGUAGAAAAGGAAAGAGAAAGGGAAAGAAAAAGGAGAGUUUAUCAAAUAAUAAAAAAAAUAAUAAUAGUAAAGAACAAAUUAAAAAGAAGGGAUAUAAUAAUAAAAUGAAGAAUAAGUCUUUAAAAGAUAAGCCAUAUGUUGAUGAUGAUAAUGUUCCACGUCCUUUUACAGUAUUUAAUAAAUUUGUAUAUAAAAAUUUCCCAGAUAUUUAUAAUUGCUUACAAACCUGGAAUAAACAAGAUACAGAUAUAAAAACAAAUAAAUUAUCUAAAGAAAAUGUUUAUGUAAAAACAAUAAAAUAUUUAGAACUACAAAUGAAAUAUAGUAUAUAUAUAAUGAAUAAAAAAGCAUUUUUAAAUUAUUUAUAUAUUUAUUUUAAAUUCUUAGUAGAAUAUUUAGAUAUAUCAAGAAUUCAUCAAACCUUCUUAUAUUUUAUUCAUACAACAUUAAAUCAUUGCCAAAAAUAUUUCUCAAACUUUGAUAUUUAUUUUCAAAAUAUUCAAUCACCUUAUUGGAGUGAUACAAAUUCAUUAUUAACUAUGAAUGUGCAUUUCUUCUUUAUAGUCUUAUUUGCUUAUUAUAAUUUUCUUGUACCCUUAUAUAUACUCUUAUGUAGAAAAGAAACCAAAAAAAUCUAUUACUCAUUUUUAAAAUUUAUAAAGGAAAUGCAAAAUGCCAUUUUUUAUAUUCAAAAAAUAUUCCACAAUCAUUUCCACGAGUUAUGUUUAUAA